GAACGCUCGAGCUUCAUCAUGGGAGCAGUAGUCGCCGACGAUGGUCCGUCUGGUGUCAAAGCCCCUGACGGAGGCUGGGGCUGGGCUGUCCUCUUCGGCUGUUUUAUCAUCACAGGAUUCUCCUACGCCUUUCCGAAGGCAGUUAGCGUCUUCUUUAAAGAACUCAUCCGGGAAUUUGGCAUUGGAUAUAGUGACACUGCAUGGAUUUCCUCCAUUCUGCUGGCCAUGCUUUAUGGAACAGGUCCCCUCUGUAGUGUGUGUGUCAACCGCUUCGGCUGUCGCCCCGUCAUGCUGGUGGGUGGCCUUUUUGCCUCGAUGGGGAUGGUGACAGCCUCCUUCUGCACGAGCAUCGUUCAGAUCUAUCUCACCGCGGGCGUCAUUACUGGUUUGGGUCUGGCACUAAACUUUCAGCCCUCCCUCAUCAUGCUGACCCGCUACUUUGACAAGCGCCGGCCUUUAGCCAACGGGCUCUCCGCUGCGGGGAGUCCGGUGUUCCUCUGUGCUCUCUCACCACUGGGACAAAUCCUACAACACGAGUAUGGUUGGAGAGGAGGGUUCCUUAUACUGGGCGGGAUGCUGCUCAACUGCUGUGUAUGUGGAGCAUUAAUGAGACCUUUGGAGCCACCCAAAAAGUCCGAAGCUCCCAAAGAACCAGCUGAGAAGAAAGUGAAGAAAAAGCUCCUGGAUUUCAGUGUGUUCAAGGACGGUGGUUUUGUAAUCUACACGCUGGCGGCAUCUAUCAUGGUGCUCGGCCUCUUCGUUCCCCCCGUUUUCGUUGUGAGUUAUGCCAAGGAUUUAGGGUAUCCAGACACCAAAGCAGCUUUUCUUCUGACUAUUCUGGGAUUCAUUGAUAUCUUUGCUCGGCCUGUUUGUGGAAUGGUGGCUGGUCUUAAAUGGGUGAGACCACGCUGUGUCUACCUCUUCAGCUUUGCCAUGAUUUUCAACGGCUUUACAGAUCUCAUGGGUUCCAUGUCUGUUGACUACGGUGGCCUGGUGGUCUUCUGCAUUUUUUUUGGCAUUUCUUAUGGAAUGGUGGGGGCUCUUCAGUUUGAAGUUCUCAUGGCUAUUGUUGGUACUCAGAAGUUUUCCAGUGCUAUCGGUUUAGUGCUCCUGGCAGAAGCUAUGGCUGUUCUCAUUGGUCCACCAUCAGCAGGAAAACUCUUGGAUGCAACAGGGAGGUACAUGUUUGUUUUCAUUAUUGCUGGGAUCGAAGUGACCACCUCAGCGCUCGUGUUGGCCUUGGGCAAUUUCUUCUGCAUUAAGAAGAAACCAGAAGAGCCGCAUGCAAAAGAGGAAGCAGCCGAACGCGAGGAACUGAACAAAUGUGAAGACAGACCCGAAGACACCAGGGUGGACUCGAUUGAGGUGGAGCAGUUUCUGAAAGAUGAGCCUGAAAAAAACGGUGAAGUCGUAACCAACCCAGAGACGUGUGUGUGAGCGCGAUGGGAGAGCGGCAGCGCUUUGGGACGAAAGCUUUUCAACACUAUUUAUUUUAGAAAUAGAACUAGUUUAGGGCUGGGCCAUCUGCUUUACUCCCUGGAGGCCAGUCGGCUCAUCAGGUCUCUCUGGAAGCUGAUCAGCUAGGCAACCUUUGCCCGGGAAAUCAGCGUUCUCGGGAGAGGUGGGGCGUCGUGGUGA